AAUGGUUUCCAAGAAUUUCUCUAAUAGAGCGAACGAAUUAAAGAAAGAGAGAAGAAAAACUGAAUUGUUACUUAACGAAAUGCUUCCUAAACUGGUUGCUAAGGCUCUGAGGUCAGGUAAGCCUGUUAGUGCCGAAUUCUAUCACUCAGUAUCAAUCAUGUUUACGGAUAUCGCUAAUUUCCAAGAAAUCUCUAGUCUAUCUAAACCAAUGGAUCUAAUUACACUAUUGAAUAAUGUCUACAAUUUUAUCGAUGCCAAGAUCGAAUUGCACGACGUUUAUAAAGUAGAGACAGUUGGGAGCGUUUACAUGGUAGCCGCAGGUGUUCCGAUAAGAUCGGAUGGUCAUGCAAAGGAAGUUGCCAACCUAGCUUUGGACGUAAAAGAUGCUACAGAAGAUUUCGUCAUCCCUCACCUACCAGAAAGAAACCUGCUACUAAGAAUUGGGGCUCACUGCGGUUCAGUAGUUGGUGGUGUAGUUGGUAACAAAUGUCCCAGAUAUUGUUUGUUCGGAGAUACGGUUAACACAGCCAGCAGGAUGCAAUCAUCAGGAUCCGCUGCCAAAAUUCACGUAUCGGGUGCAUUUCAAGAAGCCCUAGCAAGCGCUGGCUGGUAUGUACUUAAGUACAGAGGAGAAAUUCAAGUAAAGGGCAAAGGAAUAAUGCAAACAUAUUGGUUAGAAUCUACUUCGAAAACGUCUAAACGGAAAAAUGUUAGAAUGAAAGUCGAGCAAAAGACUCUUUUAGACGACGCUUGGUAA